GAACAGAUUUAAAACAUGAGAAUGAAUCACAGCAAGUGACAAUGCAAUAGGUUUAUCAGAACAGUAUAAAUUAUGGUAGCACUAGACCAGAUCUCUCUGAGGAGACCAGUCAGGUUCAUGGGGAAAGGGACCCAGAUUCUGCACUUUAAUGAGGCAAGAUUUCACUACGUGAAGAAGGCCGCUCUCGCCUCUGCACUCCCAAGAUGACCAAGAAAAGAAGGAACAAAGGUCAUGCCGAAAAGGGCCACGGCCACGUGCAGCCUACUCGCUGCACCAGCUGUGCCCGGCGCGUGCCCAAGGAUAGGGCCACUAAGAAGUUCCUCAUUAGGAACAUCGUAGAGGCUGCAGCCAUCAGGGACAUUUCUGAAGCGAGUGUUUUUGACGCCCAUGUGCUUCCCAAGCUGUGUGUGAAACUACAUUACUGCCUGAGUUGUGCCAUUCACAGCAAGGUAGUCAGGAAUCACUCUUGGGAAGCCCAGAAGGAUUGAACACCUGCACCC